UCUUAGCUGAGCCGGAGGGUUUGAGGGCGCCUCCUCGACCCCGGUCGUCCCUUCACUCCCCCCCCCCCCCAGGCCCCUUGUCGCAGAGCUUGGGCUAGGCGGCUGGCUGGGGCUGGGGGGGGGGGACGGUCAGUCGCCGGGCCCCCUCCUCCUCCGGACUCCUUUGCUGUCGGGCGUAGCGGCCACCGGAGCGCCCCGUGUGUGUGUGUGUGUGUAGGGGGCUGCUGCUUACUGCCUACUCUGCCCUAGACCUGUCGGCGAAAGGCCUUCAAGUGCUGGAUAGAGGGCUUGCACCACCAACCUUGCUUCUCUGUCCUUUGGAUGUUCAUUUCAACUCAAGUAAACACUAUCAACUGAGGCUAGUCUUGAGUAGUUUAUGCCAGUGUGGCUUCAUUUAUACAGAUGAACCAAGCAUUGGGAUAGCAGUAUAAAAUUAGAAUCAGACAGCUGAUUGCCCAGCAGGAUGCCAUCAACUAAUAGAGCGGGCAGUCUAAAGGACCCUGAAAUUGCAGAGCUCUUCUUCAAAGAAGAUCCAGAAAAGCUCUUCACAGACCUCAGAGAAAUUGGCCAUGGAAGCUUUGGAGCAGUAUAUUUUGCACGAGAUGUACGUACCAAUGAAGUGGUGGCCAUCAAGAAAAUGUCUUAUAGCGGAAAGCAGUCUACUGAGAAAUGGCAGGAUAUUAUUAAGGAAGUCAAAUUUCUACAAAGAAUAAAACAUCCCAACAGUAUAGAAUAUAAAGGCUGUUAUUUACGUGAACACACAGCAUGGCUUGUAAUGGAAUAUUGUUUGGGAUCUGCUUCAGAUUUACUAGAAGUUCACAAAAAACCAUUACAAGAAAUGGAAAUAGCAGCAAUUACACAUGGUGCUCUCCAGGGAUUAGCCUACUUACAUUCUCAUACCAUGAUCCAUAGAGAUAUCAAAGCAGGAAAUAUCCUUCUGACAGAACCAGGCCAAGUGAAACUUGCUGACUUUGGAUCUGCUUCCAUGGCAUCCCCUGCCAAUUCUUUUGUGGGAACACCAUAUUGGAUGGCCCCAGAAGUGAUUUUGGCCAUGGAUGAAGGGCAAUAUGAUGGCAAAGUUGAUGUGUGGUCUCUUGGAAUAACAUGUAUUGAGCUAGCGGAAAGAAAGCCUCCUUUAUUUAAUAUGAAUGCAAUGAGUGCCUUAUAUCACAUAGCCCAAAAUGAAUCCCCUACACUGCAAUCUAAUGAAUGGUCUGAUUAUUUUCGCAACUUUGUAGAUUCUUGCCUCCAGAAAAUCCCUCAAGAUCGUCCUACAUCAGAGGAACUUUUAAAGCACAUGUUUGUUCUUCGGGAGCGCCCUGAAACAGUGUUAAUAGACCUUAUUCAGAGGACAAAGGAUGCGGUAAGAGAGCUGGACAAUCUGCAGUAUCGAAAAAUGAAGAAACUCCUUUUCCAGGAGGCACAUAAUGGACCUGCAGUAGAAGCACAGGAAGAAGAAGAGGAACAAGAUCAUGGUGUUGGCCGGACAGGAACAGUGAAUAGUGUUGGAAGUAAUCAGUCUAUUCCUAGUAUGUCUAUCAGCGCCAGCAGCCAAAGCAGUAGUGUUAACAGUCUUCCAGAUGCCUCAGAUGACAAGAGUGAACUAGACAUGAUGGAAGGAGACCAUACAGUGAUGUCUAACAGUUCUGUCAUCCACUUAAAACCUGAGGAGGAAAAUUAUAGAGAAGAAGGUGAUCCUAGAACAAGAGCAUCAGACCCACAGUCUCCACCUCAAGUAUCUCGUCACAAAUCACACUAUCGUAAUCGAGAACACUUUGCAACUAUACGGACAGCAUCACUGGUUACAAGGCAAAUGCAAGAGCAUGAACAAGACUCUGAGCUUAGAGAACAGAUGUCUGGCUAUAAGCGAAUGAGGCGGCAACAUCAAAAGCAAUUGAUGACUCUGGAAAAUAAACUAAAGGCUGAGAUGGAUGAACACCGCCUCAGAUUAGACAAAGAUCUUGAAACUCAGCGUAACAAUUUUGCUGCAGAAAUGGAAAAACUUAUCAAGAAACAUCAAGCGGCUAUGGAAAAAGAGGCUAAAGUGAUGGCCAAUGAGGAGAAAAAAUUCCAGCAACAUAUUCAGGCCCAACAGAAGAAAGAACUGAAUAGCUUUUUGGAGUCCCAGAAAAGAGAAUAUAAACUUCGAAAAGAGCAGCUUAAAGAGGAGUUAAAUGAAAACCAGAGCACUCCUAAAAAAGAAAAGCAAGAGUGGCUUUCAAAACAGAAAGAGAAUAUACAGCAUUUCCAGGCAGAAGAAGAAGCUAACCUCCUUAGACGUCAGAGACAAUACCUAGAGCUUGAAUGCCGUCGCUUCAAAAGAAGAAUGUUACUUGGCCGUCAUAACUUGGAGCAGGACCUUGUCAGAGAGGAAUUAAAUAAAAGGCAGACUCAGAAGGACUUAGAGCAUGCCAUGCUACUUCGACAGCAUGAAUCCAUGCAAGAACUGGAGUUCCGCCACCUCAACACAAUUCAAAAGAUGCGCUGUGAGUUGAUCCGAUUGCAGCAUCAAACUGAGCUCACAAACCAGCUGGAAUACAAUAAGCGAAGGGAGCGAGAACUGAGGCGAAAACAUGUCAUGGAGGUUCGACAACAGCCUAAGAGUUUGAAGUCUAAAGAGCUCCAAAUAAAAAAGCAGUUUCAGGAUACCUGCAAAAUCCAAACCAGACAGUACAAAGCAUUAAGAAAUCACCUGCUGGAGACUACGCCAAAGAGUGAACACAAAGCUGUUCUGAAAAGGCUUAAGGAGGAACAGACUCGGAAGUUAGCCAUCUUGGCUGAGCAGUAUGAUCACAGCAUUAAUGAAAUGCUGUCUACACAAGCCUUGCGUUUGGAUGAAGCACAGGAAGCAGAGUGCCAGGUUUUGAAGAUGCAGCUGCAGCAGGAGCUGGAGCUACUGAAUGCAUAUCAAAGCAAAAUCAAGAUGCAGGCAGAGGCACAACAUGAUCGAGAGCUCCGAGAGCUCGAACAGAGGGUCUCCCUUCGUAGAGCACUCUUAGAACAAAAGAUUGAAGAAGAGAUGUUGGCUUUGCAAAAUGAACGAACAGAAAGAAUACGAAGCCUGCUAGAGCGUCAAGCCAGAGAAAUUGAAGCUUUUGACUCUGAAAGCAUGAGGCUAGGUUUUAGUAACAUGGUCCUUUCUAAUCUUUCCCCUGAGGCAUUCAGCCACAGCUAUCCAGGAGCUUCUGGUUGGUCUCACAAUCCUACUGGGGGUCCAGGACCUCACUGGGGUCAUCCCAUGGGUGGCCCACCACAAGCUUGGGGCCAUCCAAUGCAAGGUGGACCCCAGCCAUGGGGUCAUCCCUCAGGGCCAAUGCAAGGGGUACCUCGAGGUAGCAGUAUGGGAGUCCGCAAUAGCCCCCAGGCUCUGAGGCGGACAGCUUCCGGGGGACGGACGGAGCAGGGCAUGAGCAGAAGCACGAGUGUCACUUCACAAAUAUCCAAUGGGUCACACAUGUCUUAUACAUAACUUAAUAAUUGAAAGUGGCAAUUCUGCUGGAGCUGUCUGCCAAAAGAAACUGCCUACAGACAUCAUCACAGCAGCCUCCUCACUUGGGUACUACAGUGUGGAAGCUGAGUGCAUAUGGUAUAUUUUCAUUCAUUUUUGUAAAACAUUCUGUUUUGUGUUUACUAAUUGGGAUGUCAUAGUAUUUGGCUACCGGGUUUUUGUGGUUGGUUUUUUGGUUUGUUUUUGUUUCUUAACUUUUGGGGAAAUUUUGAGAAGGGAGUUGUCUCAUGCAUGUGGCAAAAAGAAAUUGGAUCAAUAGCAGGGUUAUUUUCUGAACAGUAUAAAAAUAAAAUGCAGCAAAGUGACUUGAAUCAUCACUUUAGGGUGUCCCUGUCCUAAGAAUGUAAGAAUAACUAAAUCCUUCCUCCAUAUUUUGGAUUUCAUGAGCCACUCACUGUCAGCAGGCAGCAUAUGCUGAAAUAUGUUAUUACUGAAACAUGCACUCACCCCUCACCAGUGUAUCUUGAUUUUGAUUAAAUUGGUCUGAUUUCUCAGCCUCUUUUGAAGUUAAAAAGAAAAAAAUAGAAACCUGCAAACUUUUAAAAUUGUAUUGACAUUUGAAAUGUUAGAAAACUAUGGAGUCCCUUUUUCUGUGUGCUUCACAAGUUGGUCAGGAUUUUCGUCAAUUGAGUUUUGCCUUCUUUAGGUCACAGUAAGAUGGAGUUGCGUAAGGAGAUCACAAGCUCUAUGGGGGUUGCAUUGACAAGCCUGUUGAGUUUGCAAAGGGGAAAACUAGCAGGGUGAGAUGGGCCCCUGAAAGUCUAUGCCAUAGGUAUGUCCAGCAGCAGAGUGAGGAGAUAAAGCCUAUAUAUUUUCUUGCUUAUACUGUGAUAUUUCAUCCUAGCUAAAGCAUUAUUUUUGUUCCCUCCCCCAUCAAAGACACAUAGCCAAUACAAAUCAAAUGCCAGAGGUAUUUGAAUGAUGCCAUACUUGUGAGCUGCCAUCUAUUAGAAUACUCAUCACACUACAUAGACAUAAUUUGAUUAUACCUUUUGGCUUAUGGGAUUUCCUGUUUACAAUUAGAAUAGUCAGUUAUUUAAAUAUUUAGUUGCCAUAGUGAACCAGGAGUCACUGAGCCAAUGACUACCAGCUGCUGACUAAUCUUCACCACUGUAGAUUUUGCUGCAUGUGCAGGCCCUCUGUUUUUUGUUGCUGCAGUACUUUACAAACUUCUAGUUCAUUGAGACUUAGUGACCAUUUGGAUUCAUGUUAACAUCACACCAUAGGAAAUAUCACUUCAAAAAGUCUCAAGCCUUAGUGCUAAAGUACUACUGAAAAGGGAACUAGGAAGUUUGGCAGAUGGAAAAACAAAAAGCAAACAAGAAAAUGUAAACAUGUGUUAUUGUGGUCAGAGACCAUGAACAUUUUGGGGGAUGGGAGGGUGUUUUGUUUUGUUUUGUUUUGUUUUGUUUUGUUUUGUUUUGUUUUGUUUUGUUUGUUUUACAAUGAAGGAUCAACCCAAUGUUACAAGUCAGGUGGGGUGUUACUUGGCAUUGCUUGUGUGGAAGCUGUGUGAGAAGGGGGUGGGGUUGUGAAUAUGACUUGAAGGAAGAAAAUGUCUUUUUCAGUGACAGAUCUGAGUUUUGUGCAAGUUUUGUCCUGCGCCCUUUCCAGUUGUCUUGAAGAGCUCUUGCUGCUAACUCUGGAUCCUGCUUUUCAUGUAUAGGGCUCCAAGAUAAGAAUUUCCAGGCCUCUCAUAAUAGUACUGUUCAUUGAGAGCAAACUAAUGACCAAAUUAUAAUCUAUCACUGUUGAAUUCUUGGUUGUCUCUCCCCCAUUUUAAGUCUUUCUUAGGUAUGUCCUUCCAUGUUCCAUGAAUCCUUCCCCUUAGGAGUUUCUGACAUUGAUUUGAAGGUAACUAGAAAUUAAUGUUUUCUUUCAUGUAAAGCCUUUAAAAAGCAAGAUAACAGAUCACAGUGAAGAUCACACAUGCUUGUAGACAUACUUUCAAGUAACACUGAUAUCUUGCCGUCUUAGACAUUCUCUGGAUCAGUUUUUGGAUAAAUAUAUAUAUUUGUCAUUUAACGAAAGGUCUUUUCUUUUAGUCUUCUCUCCAGCUUUUUUGCAUUCAAAUAUACAGUGUUUCAAGCACAUUGUGAAUUCUACCUGUUUGGAGAAAAAUAAGGGACAGUUUUAGAAAUUACUAAGAUGUCCAAAAAUAUGACAAAAUGUAAUACCUUUUAAAAACAUUCUUUGUGGUUCUGGCCCCUGUCUACUACUGGAGGGGUGGGAUAGGGAGGCAGAUCAGGUUUGGAUACAUGUUUUUUAAUCUUACUCUUUUUUUAAUUUAUUUUAUUUCCAGGGAUAUACAUUAAUAAAGUCCAUUUGUGAGCUUCAGUUAGUGAAAUUGAGUCACUAAAUCCAUUCAGAUCAUAUGUAUUCAUAAAAGUGUGAUUGAAAACUGACUUGAGUAUCUGUCCAGUAGGGGUUUGUAUGUAAUCAUAAUUGUAUGGCACUCAUACCUAGAUUACACCAUCAAGUUAAUUUUAAUUAAAAUAUAUGUAGUUUGUAAAAAUGAUUCAAAUUAAUUGGUUUGAGAGCAAUAUAACUUCUAAGGAAUAUCAUAUGUAACAAAAAUCACAGCGUAAAAGCUGGUAGCAGGAAAGUUUGAAAGGUUUUUAGAUAUCUUAAGGAAAGAGCAAGCUCUUUCUGAAUCUGUGGAAAUGUCACCAUUGGAUCAAAUUAAUACUACCUCCUCUCCAGUUGUUGGUGUUCACUUACUGUAUAUGCGUUUAAAAAAGUAAAAGUAUGGGAAAUUUGUGCAGCAUAUCAGAAGUGUUAAGUGCUGUAUCUAGUGUCUGGAGUGUGAGUUUCUUGUGCUUGUCCAUUCCUUUUUUGGUUAGCUUUUCAAUUUUUUUAAAUUUUUAUUUAUUUUUAUUUUUUUCAAGGUAGGGUCUCACUUUAGCCCAGGCUGACCUGCCAUUCACUCUGUAGUCCCAGGCUGGCCUUAAACUCAAAGUGGUCCUCCUACCUAGGCCUCCAGAGUGCUGGAAUUAAAGGUAUGUGCCACCACACCUGGCCCUUGGUUAGCAUUUUUAAAAAUGUAAAGCCUCAUUUAUUGAGGCAUUUUAUUCCUGAUUAGAUAGAUCCUUUUCAUUUUUUCCCUCCCCUUUUAAUUAUUCCUCUACCUAGAGAUGGAUAGUGCUGUAUUUGAAGCCCCACCUACAGGUAUAAUAUGCUUACUAUAUGUCAAGGACUUAGUGGUAAAUUGAAUCUCUCACAUAGUCAUGAGUUUUCAGCUGCUUGGACAUCAACUAAACACCAUUCACAACACUAACGAAACUGUCCUGGAGAUUCCCUUUUACUACCAUCAAUUUUUCUACACCUGCUUUUCAAAAAUUGAAAACUAUGGUUUUUUUCUGAUCAUAAGGCAGAGAUUAGUAACUUUUUGCUUCUGUAAAUGUCUAGCGUUUUAAGCAUUUUUGAAGACAUUUGUGUUGGACACUGGAAUAAUAUGAUUUAUUUUCACCUGUGAAAAAUGACUUCAUUGUACUUGAAACACCUCCUUUGCAUUUCUCUGCUUGUGCCAUUCACUAGUGGAAAUAAAUUGUAUUAUACCAUGAUCUACUGGCUUUUAAAAACUGUUACAUAUGCACAUUUUGGUAUAGCUUUUAUCAUUUGUAUGUAUAUAUUGUGUAUACAUAUGAGUGUCUAUAUGUGUGUAUAGAUGGAUGGGUGUAACUCAUGCUGUACAUUUCCACCAGGGUACUUAAGGUUCUGGUGUUUCUGUUUGGUUUUGUUAUUUCAAUCCUCAGUUAAGGCAAGAUUGCAUGUGUUUAAAGUUAAUGCUCCAAGUUGAUAUUUAUGAGAAGGUGAUUAUUAGAUAAGUCUUUUAAAAUUCCCUUCUUAGCAUUUGUGUGAGUGAAGUGAAAGUUAAGUAAAACAUGAAACUAUAAAUUGCAAUGCAGUGAUACUGUGCUAAGAAAGCAAUCAGUUUGUGUUUCUGUGAGUUUGUGUCAUGAUUCAAUAAAAGGUAAAUGAUGCAGAGAGAUAUGAACCAUGAAAAAUAACACUGGUGGUGAUUGCUCUGCAGAGAUAAAAAGAACCAAUGAAUCAAAUAGUCUCGAUGUACUUUCUGUAUGUAUUUCUCAGUCAUGAUAGCAUUGAUCCUCUCCUGUUUGACUCCUUUAAUAUUUUGCUGAGGAUCAAAAAAGCCAAGAGAAAAAGGAAAUUACAUCUAAAGUAUUUAAGUUUCUUCUAAACUAUAAAAUCAACAGGAAAUGGCCACUGGGAGAGAAGAGUGUAGCAUUGGUUUGAGAGGCUUUCUCCACCUGGUUGCCUAUCUUGCUAGCUCAUAGUAUGUUCUACACUUUCUAUCCCUUGUAGCCUCUGCUAUUGAAGCAGAGAUUUGGCUGAACACAGCAACCUUAGUUCUUUAUCCUACCCUACCCUUCCCUCUCCUCUCACCUCCUUUCCCUUGCCCUCUUCUCUGCUUUCCUCUUUCUUUUGAGACAGGGUCUUGUUAUGUGAUCCUGGCUGUCUAGUAAUCACUACAUAAUCCAGGCUGUUCUUGAGCUCAUGGCAAUCCCCUGCCUCAGCCUUGCAAGUGCUGGGAUUACAGGUAUGUGCCACCACACAGCCACAGCAACAAUUUCCUUGAAGAUUUUAUAGUUUCACAUCUUGUACCAUGCUCAAAAUGUUUAGUGGCCUAACUGAGAAAUAAUAUAUUGAAGGUUUGUUAAGUGUCGAUCUUCUAUGGUGAUGGAAGAGGAACUUCUUGUUUCUUUAAUGCUUUCUCAAAGUCAAAACUUGGGCUCGUCUUUGAGCUGCUUAUCAAUAUACAGAUCAUCAUUGGAAGGAAACAAAUAUUUUGACCCCCAACCCCUGCCAUAUAAUAUGAUAGCAUCCCUUCCCCAGCAGCAUUGCAUUUUCAAAAGCACUCCCUCACUCUUAGUUGUUAAGAACUGGAAAUCUCCCAUCCUCUUUCCUUAAAAGAUGAAGAGUAGGCUGUACACUUAGCAUACUUGCCUUUUGUAUGCAAGGACUACUGAUUGAAGUCUGUUUUGCUGUGUCUGCUUAAUGUUGUCUGCACUUUUAUGAAGUCACUACAGUAGAUCUACGUUGGCAAUGACUUUGUAAAAUUUUUAUUAAACACUGUAGAAAAAGAAAGUGAAACUGAGAACUCCUCCUUUUUUGUACACUUAUAUUUUCUACUGAAUGCCGGUAGCCCCUUUAAUGUUGGAUUGACUAAUUUUUGCCUCCACAUAUUCAGAUUUCCAAAGUUUCACUCAUACAAGGUAAAGAAUCCAUUUGGCAAUAGUGUUAGUCUUCAGGUCACAAGAAAUAUACAAAUUGAUAUGCACCUUAUCUAUCUGUUGGGGGUUUCUGAAACUUGCACUUCAUGUCCACCUCAAAAUAGGAAUCUUUUAAAUAAAAGCAGAGAACUUAAACUCCGAAGCCAUGUACUAUGUCAUCAUCUCUGUUAACUGUUUUCUAGCAAUCCAUACCUUGUGAAGUUUCAGAGAUUAUGGUGUGUUUGUGUGUGUGUGUGUGUGUGUGUGUGUGAGAGAGAGAGAGAGAGAGAGAUUGUAUUGGGUUUUUUGUUUUGCUUUGUUUUUAAAUAUACAAGGGAUUCUUUAAAUUGAGAAAAAGAUUAAUCCUUUCCAACAGCAGGAUACUCACUGAAUAUACUAAUCUUAACAUCUGUAGGUAGUUUGCCUUGGAAAAGUGGAGAGAAGGUAAGACUUCUGAAUGGAUUAGAAAGGGUAUCUUGAUACUCAAGAAUUCCUCCCCCCUCCCCCAAGUACGGGUAUUCAGCCUGCACAGUUUUCUUUCACUCAUAGUUUUUAGAAAUUGUGAGUGAAAAAUCAUGUAAUUAGCUGUAAAUAUGUAGCUAACAAAUUGACCUAGUUUCUGUAUUUUUUUGGUUUUGUACUAAGGUUUAUAGGUCUGUGCCAGCUAGAGAGGAGUUGUUGUCAUUGCUAGUUGUGGUUCUAGCAUCUAACCCUGAAACCAUCCGAGGUGAAUUUUUAGAAUUAAUGCUUCGAUGUUGUUAAGCAGGGGGAAUGAAGUUUAAUCCUUGGUCAGGUUUGAAAUCUUGAAGCUAAGUGAUUUUAUUUAAUAUAAUGAUUACAUGUCCUCAAUCAUGAGUGAGGUAUAGGGAGCCUCCCCCAGUGGCCAUGUUUACAGAAGUGUGUUUUGUCUAUAAAGUGCAAGUGUAUUAAUGUUUAUGUAAAUUACACAGGUGAUAACAUUAUGGUUUGGGACUGUUAUGGGCUCUUUAACUGAAUUUUCAAAUGAAAUGAACUAUGCUUAUUGCUGGCACAUUGAUCCCAUUUCUGGAACAUUUUUCCUAUUUCCAGAAUUACAUAUGUUCCUUAGACAUUACCCCCACUUAACCUCCCUUCCUCUGAUAUGCCUUGUAGCUAAGAUAUUAAAGACUGAUGAAUAUAGAUGAGGGAAAUGCAUUUCUUAAAAAUCCAUGAACCCUCAAUUGUAUGCUUUCAGUACUUGUGUUACUUGUUUCUAUGGCAACUUUGAAGUCAGUGGUUUAGAAAUGAGGUACCAUUGUUAAUGAAAAGUAUGUACUCUUUGCUUUUGCAUGGCUUGGCUUAGUAUCCAAGGUAUAUUAGGGCCACUUGAAAGCAUGAAGACCAGUUAUAUGGAAACAGGUUUCUCUCAGUGGCACAUUUUGCUUUUUCUUAGCCCUCAAAUACGUUGCCUCAGCAUGAACAUUGUUGUUACUAUAAAUUGCACAUGGUCUUUGAGUGAAUUAUAUAACUGAAAAAGAUGCAGCUGCCUAAUAUAUUUGCAGUUUUCGGCUGGUCUUUGACCAUUUGGGCGCAUCUCAAGUAAUGGGGUACUAAAACCCUUUUAAACUUUUUUGAGGGGUCAUAAACCAGGUAUAUUUAGUUUGUCAAAACGUUGGCUGAAGCUGGGUUUGGUGGUGCACACCUAUAGUCCCAGCACUAGGGAGGCUGAGGUAAGAGAAUCACUGUAAGUUCAAGGCCAGCCUGGGGCUACAAAAGAGUUCCUGGUCUGUCUGGGCUAUUGUGAGACCCUGCCCUGGGGGAAAAAAAAAGAUGGUGGCUGCCCUUUGGGUGUUGCCAGACAACUGUCUUUUGAUGCCCAUUGUCCUCCCUUGCAUUUCAUACUCUUAUCACCCCUUUUUCCUAACAGCAUUUUUGCCUUUGAAUUCUACAUCAAAAUGGGACUUGUGCCUACUUAGAUUGCCCUUCAGAUGAAAUGUAUAUGUCCCAAAGUAAUCUAAGCCAGAGACACAAGGUGGAAAAACAUUAAAAAAAAAAAAAAAGGGGGGGCCACUUGGCCAGUAAUUAAUCUGACAAGGUAUUUUACCACAUGAUCUUGACACUUGAUAGAUGAGCCUAUUAGGAGUCAAAAGUGGUUUCAUAGAGUAAAAUUCAAGUGAAGAGGAUGUGUGGGGUUUCUAUUAGGAAAUAAUUUUGUUCUUGAUUUACCUUUUACGAUCCUUCUCUGCUAGCUUAGAACAGGUUAAUUCUCCAGAUUUUUUUUAAUUUUUUAGGGAAAUUUUUACAAAAACGAUGGUCUGAUGUAAAUAACAUUUUAAAGAAUAGUGCACAUAACUUCCCUAGACUGUUCAACCUGAUUAUUUGUAAAUGCUUAGAGUUUUUUAAAUUAACACUUGUGUUGCUAAAUCCUAUUUAUGUAACUCUGAAAGUUUUUAACCCACUUAAAACAUUUAAACAAUGGAUGGGUUACUAUAAGCAGUUUAGCUUUGAUAACCCCCUUGUUUUAGUAUACAAAAAGCCUAAUACGCAUUAAUGAGGUUGGAGAGACUAUGAGAAAUAUGUAUAGUGUAUAUUUUAAAACAGCUUUGCUUGUAUUGUGAAGAUUUAAAAACAAACUUGAGAUUUUUAAAGUUAACUAUUAACAGUUUUAACAUAAGUUAUCCCACUGGGUUUAAAAGCAUCUUGAAUGUAUAAUCCUUUUGUAACCCAGGUUGGUUUCUGCUUUUACCAAGUCAUCCAAACAUUAUUUAUAUUUUUAGUUUUAUGUACUUAUUCCUUUUGUUUUCCUCAAGCAGCAUGAUUUUUUUGCACAUGUAGAAAUUUUUAAAAAGAAGGAAAUUAAUACACCAUUUUCUCUGGAUUCUCUUUACUUCUGUCUUUCUUUCUACUAACCUCUUCUUUAAAGGCCAUAGCACUCCAUUUGCAUUAUUUGUGCAAAUGCCAGGGUUGGUUUUUAUUUUUAUUUUUGCUAUUUACCUAAAGAAAAUGCUUCAAUUGCUUUUUUUAUUUAAAAAAAAGAAAAAGAAAAAAGAAAAAAAGCUGUAACCUUAUCAUUUCUGAGUAGACCAUUGAGAGAUGAAUGCACACCUGUCAUUGCCCAGGACCAGCUUUGGUGGCUAAAGGGAAUAUUUUAACUAAGCAAGAUGUUCUGUUCAAAGUGUGGCAUAUGUAUAUCCACAAUCUACUUCAGUUAUUCCCCACAAGUCAGGGGUCCAGAUAAAAUGAGGGUUAUCAGCUAACUGAUAUGUUAUCAUUGAGGUUCAUCAAUGAAUUUGUACAUUUCUAGUUCCCUUUGGUGAAGGGAAAAAUGAUGAUUUUGCAAGACCUAGAUUCUGGCUUGGUUUCUUGCCUCCUUUUUUUGGCAGCCUUCAUCAUCUAAAGCCAUUGAGCCUAUAGGGUUUUCACAAUGGGCAAAGGACUUGUGGUCUUUUAAAACUGAGAUUGAUUUUUUUUUUUUUUUUGGCAAGAGAUUAUAUUGAAAGUGUGGUAUUCUACCACUUUACUAAUAACUAAGCCAGUUCUCUCAAUUUUUGGACCAAACAGACACCCACAAUGGAGGCUUAUCAAGGGUUGUGGUGGGGAAGAAGCCCUCCCUCACCAGCAGCCCAGCUGGUAAGGGUGACUGUGCAGAUGUGCAUUUUCCUUUUGGUAGAAAUGGUCCACAGCACUAACUGGUAAGGCUUACUGUACAGUAUAUUGUCAGUAUUCUGGUUCAGCAUAUCUUAUAGUUGAUAUAUAACUUGUAUUAAUUGUAUAGAUUGUGCAUUUAAAGCUGUUACCAAGUUGUCAGAACAUAAAGAGCGAAAACAGGUCAUAUGUAAUAUUUUGUUUGUAAGUAUCCUUUGUAUCAUAGCAAAGGAAAUGUUUAAAAAAAUCAACUGUAAUAAAGUAAUUUUAGUACACA